ACCAAAACAAGAACAAGCCCCAGAGUUACUUCCCGUUUGCCUGCAAACAUGGGAUCCUGGGGCGUCGACAGAAAGGCGGACAAAAUGCCGACUCUUCGUGUCCAGGCUACGUCUCAGUCACUUAGCAAUGAAGAGCUGGUCCAGCGUGCAAUGAUGGCCGACCUCGGUAUGGAUCGCAUCAAUGAGUUGCCUCUUGACGAUACCCCGAAAGGCCAUGUCAUCCCGCCGCGUGCCCGCCGCGCUCCUGUCAACGUGGAGAAUACUGAGGCUCUCAAUGGCUACCGAGCGCUCGCAGAGACAGGUAUGGACGAUGCUGAAGCUAUGGCUGCUAGACAGCUGCCUACCCUAGGUGGCCCCAACGUCAAUCGUCCCACCCUUGGGGCUGGUCCAGCUAGAAACCUUUCCGAGAAUCGCCGACCCAACACAGUCAACUUCCAAGGCAUGCAGACAAGCCAGAAUGGCAUUCUGAUGCCUCCUGGCUCUCAGCUUUAUCGGUUUCAUUUGAAAGUUGUUGGAGAGCCUGGCGCGAAGACCACGGGAAACAGCAUCACGCCUGGCACACCUUCCACGGCCAAGCCAGCUGCCGCAGGCUCUAGUACUGCUAGGGUCGGACCUACUGAAGGAGCCAACAAGCCCUUGCCUCCUCAUCUGAGAGCCAAGAGCACUCAGAGCCUCCCAGUUGUCGCUCCUAGCACAGCCAUCAAAGCCCCCACGCCAGCUUCGAACAACACUUCUAGUGUCAAGGGCAAGGAGAAGGAGACAUCUGAAGAUGCCACAAAGCAGCCUCAGUUGACUGACAAGAAGGGCUCCGAUUCCUACUGGACUGGCCGUUGCAAGGCUCAGGUUCAAGGCAAGGAUCACGAUGUUCUCAUCGAAAUGAAGACCAUCAAGUCUGACGAGCACCCCAACGGACACGCCAUCUGUGUCAUUGAAUGCCCUGGUGUCUUCAACGAAACCCACAGCAUGAACGACUACACUUUUGACUUUCACAAGAACCACAUGUGCAUCGUCAGUUUCGGGGCUUCCGGGUUGGGUUUACCGACGCGAUACAGCCUCAAGUUCGAUGACUCCGAGACGGCUGCCGACUUCAUUCAGCGUGCGGACAUGCUGCAGAGGGUGAUCAGUUAUCUCCGCGAAAUGGCUGCUUCUCAGGAUGAGGUGGACAUGGGCACCGUCACCCCCGUCGAGCCGGCUGCCCCGAAGGCCGCUCCCCCCACCAAGGCCGUCGUCAAGGUCACGGAGGCGGUGCGCAUGAAGAAGGAUCAUGGCGAGGAGGACUUAACGGAUGCAUUCAGCAAUCUCAAGCUCACCUAUGUCAAGGAUUCCCCCAUGUACACCACGGACCGUCCGCCUCGGGUUCAGUACAGCUCUGAACAGCUCUUGGGGAGACGCUCUUCUGCUGAAGCUCCUGCCGGAAUCAAGGACAUCAAGAUCCCUCUUGAAAAGGACAGCCGAAAUGGAGUCCGGCUGCCGCCUCAUUUGCAGCAACCUCGAGCUUCCCAGCCAAUUCGCGACACCCAAAAGGCCAUCAACUGGAUGUCAGGAACUACGCAGACACAGACAAGCACCGACAGUGUCUCGAAGGUCUCAAUGCCUGGCUUGUCUGAAGCUAUCAGCCACCACAAGACAGUCGCUACUACUGCGCAGUCCUCUGCCAGAGCUCAAAUGCCAAGCAAGGAAUCGACUGAGAGCAGACUUGAGAAGAACACCGACAGCAAGGAAGAGAACAAGACGGACAGUGGAGUCAAGCUGGAAGCCAUUGAGGCACCCCAAACCAAGAUCGACAUUGACUUCGAUUCCCAGAUGCAAAUCGUGAGCAGCAUUCCGAAGGCGUCCAUUGACAGCAUCCAAGCUCCUGGAGAUGAUGCUGCGAAGGGAGUCGUGCCUAAUGACACUGUCAUUGAGUCGACCAACCCGGUCGUUACGGGUGCCGCUACUGAGAUCGAGCAUGCCCAUGUCCAGAAUGCUUCCCAGGAUGUUCUUCCCAAGGAGCCUCCGAUUACUUCCAAGACUGCCGAAUCAGACAAGAGAGACGCGAUGUCUAACGCUUCGAAUGACUCAGCGGUUGAGUUCGAGGCUCCCGUCAAGGCUGAGCCAGACGUCACCACGCCGGCGCCUGCUCCUGUGCACAGUCCCGAGACCGCCCCUGCGGCUCAGCCCAACCCCACAGGCUAUGCCAUGCCCUCUGGCAUCCCUAUGCCGCAGAUGGCGGCCGGUCAGGUGGCGCCAGGCCAGGUGCACUACGCGACCCAGAUGCAGCCUCUGAUGCACCCCCAGGCCAUGAUGCCUGGAAUGUUCCCGACGGGCCUUGUUCACGCUGUAACGGUCACUUACCACAUCAGCUAUCCGAAUCCUGGGGAGGGUAUGGGCAUGAACGGCCCAGUCCGCCAAGCUGGCGGAGCAUUCUCGCCCAACGCAGAGCCGUUCCAGCCCAAUGUUCAAGGUCAAGUUCCUCGCCAUGGCAGCGAUCAGCCUCGUACGCGUCGGGGACUGGGAGGCUCGAUGUUCGCUACCGGCUAUAGCGCAGCUAAGUUCCCUGGUAGCUUCACGGGAGCUACGGCCGAGUGAA